AUGUCAGACUUAAACUUAGGUCCAGUUGAAUUACACAACAUUAAAACAUCAUGGUCAAAAACUAAUAAAGAUCAAUUUUAUAACAAAUUAUAUUCAAAUUUAUUAGAUCAAAAUAGAUCAUUAAGACAAAUUUUUAAUAAUGAUGAUUUGAUUAUAAAAGAACAUUCAAAUAUUUUUGCUGAUUUAUUUAAUUUUGUUAUUAAUAAUAUUGAUGAUAAUCAAUUAUUAGAUGAAUUUUUAUAUCAAUUUGUAAAUGAAAAUCAAAGAUUUGCAAACUUAGCAGUUAAAUAUUUAGAAUCAAUGGGAAAUGCUUUAAUUACUACUUUUAAACAAGUUUUAAAUACUUAUUGGACAAGUGUGUUAGAAUUAGUAUGGAUAAAAGUUUAUGUAUUUGUUGCUAAUUCAAUUUUACAAUAUGAAGAAGAAGUUGUUAGUGAAACUAAUUCAAUGAAUGAAAUUGAAAUUCCACCAUUAAAUAUUCAAAGAAAUUUAAAAUCUUCUCCACCAAGUUCAAUUGAAGAAAAUGUUACAUCCUCAAAACAACAACAAUAUAAUACACCAUCAACUCCUAAAAUGGAUUUUGAUGUUAGACAAGGUACAAUGAGAACAAAUGAUUCAUUAUUAAAUCAAUUUAAUUCAAUUGAAAUAGAUUUAAAAUCAAAUGAUAAAUAUAAAGGAUUUAGAAGAUCAAUGGAUGUUGCUUCAUCCCCAAUACAAGUUCAAAUUCCAACAAAUGAAAAAUUUCAAAAAAUUCAUAAUAAUAAUAAUUCAAAUAUUUCAUCAAAUUUAAAAUCUUUAUUAUCAUCACCUAUUGAAGAAGAAGAAUUAUAUUCAUCACCAAGACCAAGUUUUGAUCCAAGAAAAAGAAAAUCAACUUCAAAAUCUUCAUCAAUAUCAUCUACAAAUUCAUCAAUUUAUGAACAAAAACAAUUACCAACUAUUCCAACAACUAACGAUGAAAAUGGUUAUGAAGUUGAACAAGAUGAAUUUGUUACUCCAAAACCAAGUAGAAGAGGUUCAUUUUCAGAAAGUUAUCAAGCUACUUCAUUAUUUACAAAAUUACAAUCUAAACAACAAGAAAUUGAUAAUUCAUCUGAAGAUUCAAUUGAAGAUGCUGCACCAACUUUUGAUCCAAGAAGAAGAAGAAAUAACAAUUCAAAACAACAACAACAAAAAGAAAUUGAAGUACCUUCACCAGAAUCUUCAGAAGUUGAUGAACAAGAAGAAGAAACUUAUUUCAUCUCAAAACAACCACAACAAGAUACAGUUCCAGAAAGAUCAUUAUCAAGAGGUGGUUUAACAGGUGGUACUUUUGAUUAUCAAUCAUUUGGAUUAAAAGGUUUAGCUCCAAUCGUAGAAGAUGAUGAUAAUUCUUCAAAAUAUGAAUCAGAUGGUGAAAAUAAAUUAAUUGUUAAAAAAUCAACAACAUCAUCAUCAAGUGGUGAAGAUUCAAAUUCAAGAACAAGUUCAUUAUCAUUACAUAAUUCAGAUUAUAGAUCUUCUAUUUCUUCUGGUGUUGAUUCAAAUUCUUUAAUGAUGAUUUCAAAAUCUGGUGGUGGUGUUCCAACUCCAAUGAAUCAAAUUAAUCAUCAAAGAAAUAUUUCAACUGGUUCUGAUGAUUUCCAAUUUAGUCCACCAACUAUUCAACAACAACAACAACCACAACAACAACAACAACAAAAGAAACAACAUUAUAAUCAUGAAAGAAAAAAUUCAAUGUAUUCACUUUCAAAAAGUUGUUCAGCUUCAGCAGCUUCAAUUAAUUCAAAUUCAAGAGCUUCAUUAGGUUUUAUGAGAUCUUCAUUUAUUUUGAAAAAAGAAAUUGAACAACAAGGUUAUAAUCAUCCAGAAAAUGUUAUUGCUCCAAUUUCAUUACCUUCAACUCCAAGAUUAAAUUCAAAAUCAAGUAUGGGUUCAUUCCAACAACAACAACAACCACCUUCAAAAUCAAUGUAUAUGAAUAAAUCAAUGUCUUCUGCUUCAAUUAGAACUUCAUUAAGAAAUAAUAGUGUUGGUGGUUAUAAUAAUGUAUCUAAUUUACCAAGUGCAAAUAGAAGUACUCAAUCUUUUGUUAGUGCUAGAGAAACAAAUGAUAAUAUAUCAAUUAGUUCAAAAUCUGAGAAAAAAGGUUUAAGAAGAAUAUUAAGUUCAAUUUUUUCAUCAUCAAAAUCAAAUGCUUCAACUACUUCAUUAUCUUCAACUAAAAAACAAACCCACCAAUCAAAACCAAAUUCACAACCAUCAUUACAAAGAAUUUCAAUUCCAUAUGAAGAAACUUCAAGUAGUAUAGCACCAUCAUCAUAUUCUUUACAAAAUCCAUAUAAUUUACAACAACAAAAAUCAUCACCAUUAUCACCACCACCAUCAAUUUCAACAAGAUCAAAAAUUUCACAACCACAAUCACAACCACAAUCACAAUCUCCAACAUCAUCUGCUGCUCCAUUAUUUACAUCAAGUACAAAACCAACAGUAUCAAGUUGUGCAACAACAAAUUUAACUAAUCAACAAUUAGCUCAAAAACAAUUAAAAAAAUCAUCAUCAUCAUUAUUUGCAAAUGAUAUUAAUUCAACUAAUGUAAGUGGACGUUAUAAAUAUAAUGGUACAUCAUCAUCAAUAACCGGAUAUUCAAAUUAUGAAAAUGGUUCAAUUUAUUCAAAUGAAUCUGGUGCCACUGGUUUUACAUCAUUUUUAAAGAAAAAUAAAAAUGGUAAUAAUUCAAAUGAUAUUAAAUUUGUUCCUCCUCCAACUAGAUCAACUAGAAAAGGUAAUAAAUAUAAUGUUAAAAAAGUUCCAUAUAAUGUAUUUGCUUAA